GCUCCCUUUCAGGUGCCUCCCUUUCAUCUCACAGAGGGCCAGCUUUCCAAGGAGGGGGCCCUGGCGUCUCCACAGGCAACAGAACCAACAAAUCUUGUCCACACACCAAGCCUGGCCCCUAUUCUAGAAAAGGACAAAGGCGCUGACUUUAGAACUCGAUCCUCGUAGCCAGAGGGAGAAACACCCCAACGUGCUCACUUCAGCAGUCAGAUAUCAUACUUUUAUCCAGAAUGGAACAUGCAUUCAUGCAUAUUUUCAUCUUCGGAGCAGGUGGUUUGAAAUGCAAAUAAAGCAAUAAGUGUUGGAGCCGUUUCCUAGCAGUAGCUACUUUGCAAACGUUACCAUGGCACCAAUUCAACAGUGUUCUUAGAGGCAGCCACACCUCAGCAAGGUCUUUCUAACUUGGGACAGCCAAGGAAGAACUAACAGAUGUAAACUGAGAAAGAGCCCUCAACUGCUACAGGGGGUGAAUCUUUACAGCACCACUGCCCUUUGAAGCCACUUGAAACAGGGCAUGGGACGUAAAGGCAGCAAAAAAGGAAACGGACCAUCUCCUAGAACACCUGGAAUGUGAUCCGAGCCUGGAGACCAAAUGAGGGUCACAGCUAGAAGACAAUAAAACUAGCAAUGGAGCCCUUAUACGAGGAAUACCUAGCCAAUUGCGGAACAAUAGUAAAACCUUAUUACUGGCUGAGCUUCUCUCUCGAUUGCUCUAAUUGUCCUUACCAUAUCCGGACAGGUGAAGAAGCAAGAGUUCCCUACACAGAAUUUUAUCAGCUUUUUGGAUUUCCUUAUGGGCCCACAUGUCCUCAAACAAAACACCUCGCAUUCUAUGAACUACAAACUUCUUCUGGAAGCCUGGUGCAAAAGGGCCAUGCUAGCAGUUGCACUGGGAAUGAUACCCAUCCAGAAUCAAUGCUGUUUGAGAGGAAUGGUUAUUUUGACUCUGCCAUACACAACAACGAUGGCAUCAGACACAUCAUUCUGUAUUUGAACAAUUCGCCGUGCAAUGAAGCUAACCACUGCUGCAUCAGCAAAAUGUACAAUUUCCUGAGGCUGUAUCCAGACGUCACUCUUAGUAUUUACUUUUCUCAGCUCUACCAUACAGAGGCUGAAUUUCCUGCCUCGGCGUGGAACCGCGAAGCUCUCCGGAGUCUGGCCAGUUUAUGGCCACAGGUCACUUUGAGCCCAAUAAGUGGUGGGAUUUGGCAUUCUCUCCUCCACAAUUUUGUGAGUGGUGUCUCGGGAUGGCCUCUUUUCCAGCCCAUUUUAACCGGGAGAGCGCUGGCUGACAGGCAAAAUGCGUAUGAAAUCAAUGCCAUAACAGGAGUGAAACCCUACUUCACUGACGUUCUUCCGCAGGUGAAAGAGAAUCAGAACAUAAAAACUCAGGCAGCUUUAGAGGCCUACCCCUUAAACAAUGUCUUUCCCAGACAGUCUUUUCAAAUGACAAAUGGACAAUUGCAACCCAACCUGACCCUAGACCCCAGGGUUCCUGUCGUUUUUGUGCUGGUGCCUUUCAGAGAACUACCACCAAUUUAUGUCAGACAAAACCCACAUAAACCCAGGAAUAUUGUAAGGCACUUCAACUUGCCUCAAAUGUCAUUCCAGGAAACCAAUGAUCUCAGAAGGCCUCCCCGUGGGGGGCCAGUGGAGAAUGCAGAAAUCACAGAACAGUUUGCAAGCAGCAAAGUGGCAGAUGAAAAGAAAAAGAAAGGGAAAAAAUAAAAUCUACCUUCCUACACAGAAGACCAAACUAUUACUGGAGGACUUGAUUAGACAAGCAACAGAAAUCUGGAAAUGUCCUCUCUUAGGUCUGAUCCAAGAUGGAGAUAAAUUGAUACACUAAAAGCAAAACCUGAAUUAUUUAUUAUCUCAACUAUUACAAAGCAACACUAUUUUUAACAUAAUCCAAAAUGUUUCCUUAAGCAACCUGAUUUCUCUCCUUUACUUUGAAAGUGACAGUAUCAAAAUGGAGCCAUUAGUAACUUGCUAAUAUUCUGAUGUAGAUAAGGAAAUGUCAUUAUUCUACACUACCCACAUCAUCUUUCCACUAAAAAAGCCCAUGAACUAAAUAGCAUCCUAAAUUGGUUUCAGUAUAAAAAAAUGUACUGCAAAAUUGGGAAACAGCUGAAGUUACUGACAUUAAGUGCUGUUUGCAAAGGCGAACCAGUGAUUUUCCAUUAAUUGCUAAUCAUGGACA